AUGCUGAAGAAAUUCAGAAAGUUCAAACAGGUUUUUUUCAGAUUGAAAGGAUUUCCAAGAGUGGUUGGGGCAGUAGACUGUACCCACAUACGUAUACAGUCACCAAACAGCAAUAUUGGAGAAAGAUUUCGAAAUCGGAAAGGGUAUUUCUCCUUCAACGUACAGGCUAUAUGUGAUAGCAACUUAAAAAUCAUGAAUAUUGUUGCACGGUGGCCAGGUUCUGUUCAUGACAGUACAAUUUUUGAUAAUAGUAUGUGUAGGGCUCAGUUUGAAAAUGGAGAAUAUGGAAAUAGUUUUUUCCUCGGAGACGGAGGCUAUCCAUGUCGUGAUUACAUGAUGACUCCUCUUCUUCGUCCCGUUACUGAAGCUGAGAAGAGAUAUCAGAAAGCUCAUAUUGGUACAAGAAACGUUGUAGAAAGACUAUUUGGUGUGUGGAAAAGGAGAUUUCCGGUGAUAGCUGUAGGAAUACGCACACAGCUUAACACGACUAUGACGACCAUUGUUGCCACAGCUGUUUUAUACAACAUUUUAAAAGAACAAGGUGAUGAAAUGCCAGCCGACGAAUAUGCCGUAGAUAAUGACUUACUUCUGGAAAUUGAUAUGAACCCUGUAAGGCAAACAGGCAAUUUAGUCAGAGGACAGUUAAUUGACCCGGUAUUUACAUAA